UAUCCUUCCAUAAUCGUACAAAGGCCGGCCUCAUGGGCCUUGAGUAUUUAGGGGCUCACCACGUGUGUUGAAUGCCCAAAGAUCUCUCUCCUCCAUCCACUUAUCAACAUCGACCAUCAUGUCACUGCGACAAAAAGCUGAAGGUCUCAGGCGAAAGAUCAAUGAGAUCAUCGCAGCGGGAGGCGAUAUGGCGAUACCAAUUCUUACAGCCAUCAAUGUUGCGGCUUAUAUGUGCCCUCCUCUAAAGAGCGCGACUAGCGGCGCACUCCUCAUCAUUGGCGAGGUUCAAAAGUUCAAGGAGAAUAAUAAGGAAUGGGAGGACUUUGGGAAAUACGUCGUGGACAACGUGGCUGAAGUAGUUGCAGCCAUAAAGUCCUAUGAUCCGUCAACGGAAGAGGCAAAGCCAUGGGUGGAGAGCGCCAAAAAGCUUGAUCGACACACAAAAAUAAAGAAGCGGUCGGCUUUAACCAAUGCAUUGUCCCACUUGAGAGAUCCGGGAAGGAUUGAUUCACUAAAGAAGGAUCUUGACAAAGUAUUGACGUCGUUUCAGCUUAGAACGAAUUUGACGGUUGGAGUGAAAUUGUCGGUCAUCGAAGGUGACUUGAUUCUUGGCGGACUCCGGUACCCUGAUGUCGCGCAUCAUGACUCAACUCAGGCGUGCCUAGAAGGCACUAGGGUGGGUCUUACGGAGCGUAUCAUGGCAUGGUGCCACGACACUAGGGACAGCGGGCACCGUGUCAUGCUACUCACUGCUGUGGCCGGUGCUGGAAAGACUUCGAUUGCGCACACGAUUGCAGAACGAUGCGCAAGGGAUCGUUCUCUAUUGCUAAGCUUCUUUUUCAAGGCGGGUGAGCAGUCGCGGCCUGAUUGUCUGUUCAGCGGGAUGGCACGAGCAUUAGCAAAGCGCGAUCAGGUUUAUCGCUCCUCCAUUAUCUCUGCACUUCAGGACGAUCCUACACUCUCAACAGCACCGUUUGCGAUGCAAUUCAAGAGAUUGGUGGCUCCACCCCUCCUGCAUACACCGCCACUUUCGGACCAUCCUAUGGUGGUCAUCAUCGAUGCUUUAGAUGAAUGUGACGAUGAAGCAUUUGAGCCCCUUGCGAAUAUUCUCCGGGAAGAAGUGCCUAAAUUACCAUCCUCCAUAAAGUUCUUUAUCACGUCAAGACAAUUCGAUCGUGUCAAUCGCUUCCUCUCAUCCCAUUCCCCAAUCGAUCGUCUUUCCAUUGAUCUCUCGGAUGAUGCAAACGUGCACGAUUGCGCUACAUAUAUACGUUCCCAGCUGGAAACACUGAAGGAUUGUCAUCCCGAUAUGCAGCAUAAGCUUGAGGACGAGGAGAAAAUGGUAGAGGGAAUCUUGGAACGAGCAGGUGGCUUGUUUAUUUGGAUCAGUACCAUUUUUCGCUACAUGAGGAAGGCUAGCAAGGACCCUAUUCGGACGCUGGAGGGGCUACUCAGCACAGGGGAAAAGGGAUCGGCGGUUUCUGCUGAGGGAAUGAUGGAUCGGUUGUAUACAACCAUUCUGAAGAAGUGUGGUUGGCAAGUUGAAGAUUUUGUGCAUGACUAUCCGGUUGUGAUGGGAGCAAUCUUCGUUGCACAACAGCCUCUGUCUGUUGCAGCUUGGGAUGCAAUUUUGUCACCGUCCUUGAAGUCGUCGGUUCGAUACAUGUUGGCCGAACUUGCACCUCUCCUGUCAGGACUUGAGGAUCCUGACAAUCCGAUUUGCAUCUUACACCAAUCUUUCCGCGACUUUAUUUUAGAACGGAUUGACCCCCAAUUAAUCAGCCUUCGUUGCGGUCCAGUAGAUGUGGGACAGGAGAAUGUGAAAAUUGCCCUCCGAUGUACUGAGAUUCUGAAUCAGGAUCUCUCCUCUUUAGAGGGCCUCGGACUGAUUGAGGGCUUGCGGAGACAAGAUGUACUACCGCGCAUUCCUUCGGAGAAGUUAUCUGAGCACUUGCAUUAUGCAUGUCGCUGCAUAGUUUAUCACCUCAGUGGAGUCCAGGAAUGGUCGCAAGAGCUCGAUAAAUCAGUUGCCAUAUUUCUGAGUCAGCAAGCCACUCGCUGGGUGGAAGUCUGUGUGAGAAUGGAAGGCUACAUCAGUAUUUCGGUACUCCCUGAGUGGUCUAAGUUGGUGGUUGACCAAAGGUCAAAAGAUGCUGUCUGCAUGCUGGUUCAUGUGCUUAUCCAUCUCCGAUUUAGGGAGGCAUAUGAGGCAGCAAAGGAUUCAGUUGUGCUUUGCCAGUCCUACACCCCGGAAUUGGCCAGGUCACUUGGCACUUUAUAUUCGGCUCUUUCAGAUCUCGGACGGCACUCAGAAGCACUCCCAUUCAUCAUGGAAAGCGUCAAACUCGGGCGAUCAUACACCCCAGAUUUGGCUCAGUCGCUCAACAAUCUAUAUCUCUCUCUUUCAAAACUUGGACGGCACUCGGAGGCACUCCCAUUCAUCAUGGAAAGUGUCAAACUCCGGCGAUCAUACACCCCAGAUUUGGCUCAGUCACUCAACAAUCUAUAUCUCUCUCUUUCGAAUCUUGGACGGCACUCGGAGGCACUCCCAUUCAUCGAGGAAAGUGUCAAACUCUGGCGUGAGCUGGUUGCCACCUACCCAGGAUCAUAUACCCCAGAUUUGGCUCAGUCACUCAACAAUCUAUAUCUUUCUUUUUCAAAACUUGGACGGCACUCAGAGGCACUCACAUUCAUCAUGGAAAGCGUCAAACUCCGGCACGAGCUGGUUGCCAUUCACCCAGGACCAUACACCCCAGAUUUGGCUCAGUCACUCAACAAUCUAUAUCUCUCUCUUUCAAAACUUGGACGGCACUCAGAAGCACUCCCAUUCAUCAUGGAAAGUGUCAAACUCCGGCGCGAGCUGGUUGCCAUUCACCCAGGAUCAUACACCCCAGAUUUGGCUCAGUCAUUCAACAAUCUAUAUCUCUCGCUUUCGAAUCUUGGACAGCACUCGGAGGCACUCCCAUUCAUCGAGGAAAGUGUCAAACUCCGGCGUGAGCUGGUUGUCAUUCACCCAGGAUCAUACACCCCAUAUUUGGCUCAGUCACUCAACAAUCUAUAUCUCUCUCUUUCAAAACUUGGACGGCACUCGGAGGCACUCCCAUUCAUCAUGGAAAGCGUCAAACUCCGGCGCGAGCUGGUUGCCAUUCACCCAGGAUCAUACACCCCAAGUUUGGCUCAGUCGCUCAACAAUUUAUAUCUCUCUCUUUCGAAUCUCAGACGGCACUCGGAGGCACUCCCAUUCAUCGAGGAAAGUGUCAAACUCCGGCGUGAGCUGGUUGCCAUUCACCCAGGAUCAUACACCCCAGAUUUGGCUCAGUCACUCAACAAUCUGUAUCGCUCUCUUUCAAAACUUGGACGGCACUCGGAGGCACUCCCAUUCAUCAUGGAAAGUGUCAAGCUCUGGCGUGAGCUGGUUGCCGUUCACCCAGGAUCAUACACCCCAAAUUUGGCUCGGUCACUCAACAAUCUAUAUCUCUCUCUUUCAAAACUUGGACGGCACUCGGAGGCACUCCCAUUCAUCGAGGAAAGUGUCAAACUCCGGCGCGAGCUGGUUGCCGCUCACCCAGGAUCUUACACCCCAGAUUUGGCUCAGUCACUCAACGAUCUUCUAUAUGGCACUCUUUCGAAUCUCGGAUGGCACUCGGAGGCGCUCCCGUUCAUUGAGGAAAGUGUCAAACUCCGGCGUGACCUGCUUGCCGUUCACCUCGGAUCAUAUACCCUAUAUUUGGCUUGGUCGCUCAAUAAUCUAUAUCUUGCUCUUUCGAAUCUCAGACAGUACUCGAAGGCGCUCCCAUUCAUCCAGGAAAGCGUCAAACUCUAACGUGAGCUGGUUGUCAUCAACCCAGGAUUACACACCUCGAAUUUGGAUUGGUCGCUCAACGCACUACACGCCGCUCUUUCUAACCUCGACAUGACCCCGAGGCACUAAUUUGAGCAAUUUGGGCUUGGACCUUCCUAUGCUCAGUUUGAGAAUAGUGGGGGGUUGACAGUCAUUCUUGAUUUGGGAAUAUUGAUGAAACGUUUACGGGUUUUCUUGACUGUUUGGUUCACGGCCGAUCGUGGUCCUAACUUAUUACAAGAACACUCAUUUAUUUGUACCCACUAUUGCCCAUGUUUCCGUGCA